GGGAGGAGCAGCGAGCGCCGCGCAGAACCCGCAGCGCCGUCCUGGCAGGGCAGCUCGGAGGUGGGUGGGCCGCGCCGCCAGCCCGCUUGCAGGGUCCCCAUUGGCCGCCUGCCGGCCGCCCUCCGCCCAAAAGGCGGCAAGGAGCCGAGAGGCUGCUUCGGAGUCUGAGCAGGACAGCCGGGCCGAGCCAACGCCGGGGACUUUGUUCCCUCCGCGGAGGGGACUCCGCAACUCGCAGCGGCAGGGUCUGGAGCCGGCGCCUGGGAGGGAUUUGCGCCCCCUACUCUCUCCCUAGCUGUGUUCCCGCCGCCGCCCCGGCUGGUCUCCGGCGCUGGCGCCUAUGGUCGGCCUCCGACAGCGCUCCGGAGGGACCGGGGGAGCUCCCAGGCGCCCGGGUGAGUAGCGAGGCGCGGCUCCCCGGUCCCCCCGACCCCCGGCGCCAGCUUUUGCUUUCCCAGCCAGGGCGCGGUGAGGUUUGUCCGGGCAGUGCCUCGAGCAACUGGGAAGGCCAAGGCGGAGGGAAACUUGGCUUCGGGGAGAAGUGCGAUCGCAGCCGGGAGGCUUCCCCAGCCCCGCGGGCCGGGACUGGAGACUGAUGCAUGAGGGGGCUACGGAGGCGCAGGAGCGGUGGUGAUGGUCUGGGAAGCGGAGCUGAAGUGCCCUGGGCUUUGGUGAGGCGUGACAGUUUAUCAUGACCGUGUUCAGGCAGGAAAACGUGGAUGAUUACUACGACACCGGCGAGGAACUUGGCAGUGGACAGUUUGCGGUUGUGAAGAAAUGCCGUGAGAAAAGCACCGGCCUCCAGUAUGCCGCCAAAUUCAUCAAGAAAAGGAGGACUAAGUCCAGCCGGCGGGGUGUGAGCCGCGAGGACAUCGAGCGGGAGGUCAGCAUCCUGAAGGAGAUCCAGCACCCCAAUGUCAUCACCCUGCACGAGGUCUAUGAGAACAAGACGGACGUCAUCCUGAUCUUGGAACUUGUUGCAGGUGGAGAGCUGUUUGACUUCUUAGCUGAAAAGGAAUCUUUAACUGAAGAGGAAGCAACUGAAUUUCUCAAACAAAUUCUUAAUGGUGUUUACUACCUGCACUCCCUUCAAAUCGCCCACUUUGAUCUUAAGCCUGAGAACAUAAUGCUUUUGGAUAGAAAUGUCCCCAAACCUCGGAUCAAGAUCAUUGACUUUGGGUUGGCCCAUAAAAUUGACUUUGGAAAUGAAUUUAAAAACAUAUUUGGGACUCCAGAGUUUGUCGCUCCUGAGAUAGUCAACUAUGAACCUCUUGGUCUUGAGGCAGAUAUGUGGAGUAUCGGGGUAAUAACCUAUAUUCUCCUAAGUGGGGCCUCCCCAUUUCUUGGAGACACUAAGCAAGAAACGUUAGCAAAUGUAUCUGCUGUCAACUACGAAUUUGAGGAUGAAUACUUCAGUAAUACCAGUGCCCUAGCCAAAGAUUUCAUAAGAAGACUUCUGGUCAAGGAUCCAAAGAAGAGAAUGACAAUUCAAGAUAGUUUGCAGCAUCCCUGGAUCAAGCCUAAAGAUACACAACAGGCACUUAGUAGAAAAGCAUCCGCAGUAAACAUGGAGAAAUUCAAGAAGUUUGCAGCCCGGAAAAAAUGGAAACAAUCCGUUCGCUUGAUAUCACUGUGCCAAAGAUUAUCCAGGUCAUUCCUGUCCAGAAGUAACAUGAGUGUGGCCAGAAGUGAUGAUACUCUGGAUGAGGAAGACUCCUUUGUGAUGAAAGCCAUCAUCCAUGCCAUCAACGAUGACAACGUCCCAGGCCUGCAGCACCUUCUGGGCUCAUUAUCCAACUAUGAUGUUAACCAACCCAACAAGCACGGGACACCUCCAUUACUCAUUGCUGCUGGCUGUGGGAAUAUUCAAAUACUACAGUUGCUCAUUAAAAGAGGCUCAAGAAUCGAUGUCCAGGAUAAGGGUGGGUCCAAUGCCGUCUACUGGGCUGCUCGGCAUGGCCACGUCGAUACCUUGAAAUUUCUCAGUGAGAACAAAUGCCCUUUGGAUGUGAAAGACAAGUCUGGAGAGACGGCCCUCCACGUGGCAGCUCGCUACGGCCAUGCUGACGUGGCUCAGUUACUGUGCAGCUUUGGCUCCAAUCCCAAUAUCCAGGACAAGGAAGAAGAAACUCCCCUGCACUGUGCUGCUUGGCACGGCUAUUACUCUGUGGCCAAAGCCCUUUGUGAAGCCGGCUGUAACGUGAACAUCAAGAACCGAGAAGGAGAGACGCCCCUCCUGACAGCCUCUGCCAGGGGCUACCAUGACAUCGUGGAGUGUCUGGCCGAACAUGGAGCCGACCUUAAUGCUUGCGACAAGGAUGGACACAUUGCCCUUCAUCUGGCUGUAAGACGGUGUCAGAUGGAGGUAAUCAAGACUCUCCUCAGCCAAGGGUGUUUCGUCGAUUAUCAAGACAGGCACGGCAAUACUCCCCUCCAUGUGGCGUGUAAAGAUGGCAACAUGCCUAUCGUGGUGGCCCUCUGUGAAGCAAACUGCAAUUUGGACAUCUCCAACAAGUAUGGACGAACGCCUCUGCACCUUGCGGCCAACAAUGGAAUCCUAGACGUGGUCCGGUAUCUCUGUCUGAUGGGAGCCAGCGUUGAGGCGCUGACCACGGAUGGAAAGACGGCAGAAGAUCUUGCUAGAUCGGAACAGCACGAGCACGUAGCAGGUCUCCUUGCAAGACUUCGAAAGGAUACGCACCGAGGACUCUUCAUCCAGCAGCUCCGACCCACACAGAACCUGCAGCCAAGAAUUAAGCUCAAGCUGUUUGGCCACUCGGGAUCCGGGAAAACCACGCUUGUAGAAUCUCUCAAGUGUGGGCUGCUGAGGAGCUUUUUCAGAAGGCGUCGGCCCAGACUGUCUUCCACCAACUCCAGCAGGUUCCCACCUUCACCCCUGGCUUCUAAGCCCACAGUCUCAGUGAGCAUCAACAACCUGUACCCAGGCUGCGAGAACGUGAGUGUGAGGAGCCGCAGCAUGAUGUUCGAGCCGGGUCUUACCAAAGGGAUGCUGGAGGUGUUUGUGGCCCCGACCCACCACCCGCACUGCUCGGCCGAUGACCAGUCCACCAAGGCCAUCGACAUCCAGAACGCUUAUUUGAAUGGAGUUGGCGAUUUCAGCGUGUGGGAGUUCUCUGGAAAUCCUGUGUAUUUCUGCUGUUAUGACUAUUUUGCUGCAAAUGAUCCCACGUCAAUCCAUGUUGUUGUCUUUAGUCUAGAAGAGCCCUAUGAGAUCCAGCUGAACCAAGUGAUUUUCUGGCUCAGUUUCCUGAAGUCCCUUGUCCCAGUUGAAGAACCCAUAGCCUUCGGUGGCAAGCUGAAGAACCCACUCCAAGUUGUCCUGGUGGCCACCCACGCUGACAUCAUGAAUGUUCCUCGACCGGCUGGAGGCGAGUUUGGAUAUGACAAAGAUACAUCGUUGCUGAAAGAGAUUAGGAACAGGUUUGGAAAUGAUCUUCAUAUUUCAAAUAAGCUGUUUGUUCUGGAUGCUGGGGCUUCUGGGUCAAAGGACAUGAAGGUACUUCGAAAUCAUCUGCAAGAAAUACGAAGCCAGAUUGUUUCGGUCUGCCCUCCCAUGACUCACCUGUGUGAGAAAAUCAUCUCCACGCUGCCUUCCUGGAGGAAGCUCAAUGGACCCAACCAGCUGAUGUCGCUGCAGCAGUUUGUGUACGACGUGCAGGACCAGCUGAACCCCCUGGCCAGUGAGGAGGACCUCAGGCGCAUUGCUCAGCAGCUCCACAGCACAGGCGAGAUCAACAUCAUGCAAAGUGAAACAGUUCAGGACGUGCUGCUCCUGGACCCCCGCUGGCUCUGCACAAACGUCCUGGGGAAGUUGCUGUCCGUGGAGACCCCACGGGCGCUGCACCACUACCGGGGCCGCUACACCGUGGAGGACAUCCAGCGCCUGGUGCCCGACAGUGACGUGGAGGAGCUGCUGCAGAUCCUCGAUGCCAUGGACAUCUGCGCCCGGGACCUGAGCAGCGGGACCAUGGUGGACGUCCCAGCCCUGAUCAAGACAGACAACCUGCACCGCUCCUGGGCUGAUGAGGAGGACGAGGUGAUGGUGUAUGGUGGCGUGCGCAUCGUGCCCGUGGAACACCUCACCCCCUUCCCGUGUGGCAUCUUUCACAAGGUCCAGGUGAACCUGUGCCGGUGGAUCCACCAGCAAAGCACGGAGGGUGACGCGGACAUCCGCCUGUGGGUGAAUGGCUGCAAGCUGGCCAACCGUGGGGCCGAGCUGCUGGUGCUGCUGGUCAACCACGGCCAGGGCAUUGAGGUCCAGGUCCGCGGCCUGGAGACGGAGAAGAUCAAGUGCUGCCUGCUGCUGGACUCGGUGUGCAGCACCAUUGAGAACGUCAUGGCCACCACGCUGCCAGGGCUCCUGACCGUGAAGCAUUACCUGAGCCCCCAGCAGCUGCGGGAGCACCAUGAGCCCGUCAUGAUCUACCAGCCACGGGACUUCUUCCGGGCACAGACUCUGAAGGAAACCUCACUGACCAACACCAUGGGGGGGUACAAGGAAAGCUUCAGCAGCAUCAUGUGCUUCGGGUGUCACGACGUCUACUCACAGGCCAGCCUCGGCAUGGACAUCCAUGCAUCAGACCUGAACCUCCUCACUCGGAGGAAACUGAGUCGCCUGCUGGACCCGCCCGACCCCCUGGGGAAGGACUGGUGCCUUCUCGCCAUGAACUUAGGCCUCCCUGACCUCGUGGCAAAGUACAACACCAAUAACGGGGCUCCCAAGGAUUUCCUCCCCAGCCCCCUCCACGCCCUGCUGCGGGAAUGGACCACCUACCCUGAGAGCACAGUGGGCACCCUCAUGUCCAAACUGAGGGAGCUGGGUCGCCGGGAUGCCGCAGACUUUUUGCUGAAGGCAUCUUCUGUGUUCAAAAUCAACCUGGAUGGCAAUGGCCAGGAGGCCUAUGCCUCGAGCUGCAACAGCGGCACCUCUUACAAUUCCAUUAGCUCUGUUGUAUCCCGGAGAAACUCCCAUGUAUGGAAUCCCACUGUAUGAUUUAUAAACAGACAAUAUGUGAGUGCCUUUUGCAGAAGAGGGUGUGUUUGAAAUCAUCGGAGUCAGCCAGGAGCUGUCACCAAGGAAACGCUACCUCUCUGUCCCUUGCUGUAUGCUGAUCAUCGCCAGAGGUGCUUCACCCUGAGUUUUGUUUUGUAUUGUUUUCUGACAGUUUCUCUGUUUUGUUUGGCAAGGAAAGGGGAGAAGGGAAUCUUUCUCCAGGGUGAUUUUAUGAUCAGUGUUGUUGCUCUAGGAAGACAUUUUUCAGUUUGCUUUUGUUCCAAUGUCAAUGUGAACGUCCACAUGAAACCUACACACUGUCAUGCUUCAUCAUUCCCUCUCAUCUCAGGUAGAAGGUUGACACAGUUGUAGGGUUACAGAGACCUAUGUAAGAAUUCAGAAGACCCCUGACUCAUCAUUUGUGGCAGUCCCUUGUAAUUGGUGCAUAGCAGAUGGUUUCCACAUUUAGAUCCUGGUUUCAUAACUUCCUGUACUUGAAGUCUAAAAGCAGAAAAUAAAGGAAGCAAGUUUUCUUCCAUGAUUUUAAAUUGUGAUCGAGUUUUAAAUUGAUAUGAGGGAACAUGUCCUAAUUCUUCUGUCCUGAGAAGCAUGUAAUGUUAAUGUUAUAUCAUAUGUAUAUAUAUAUAUGCACUAUGUAUAUACAUAUAUAUUAAUACUGGUAUUUUUACUUAAUCUAUAAAAUGUCGUUAAAAAGUUGUUUUUUUCUUUUUUUAUAAAUAAACUGUUGCUCGUUGCAUUA